CCAGCCUCCUCUAAUCGACACCCAGAUAUUUAGUGAUCCAAAGGACUGUGAAUGCAUUCAUGGGCACCACAUGAGAUAAAAAAAUAAGCCCAGGUGCAGAGUUUAUUAGUAACUUUGGAAACAGACUGGUUUCAAUAUGCCUUGGAAAUAUGGACUCCUUGUUCUUACACUAUUCGUCUUCACUCUCCAAGCCACAGGAAUUAAAGAGAGGAAUAAUCGGGGCUCUUGGCAGAGAGGAGAUAUCGGGACAGAAACAGAAGCCAUCAAUUCUAUGCACUUGGUUGAACUUUUGAGAACGACCAAACAAAACUCUAAUGUCAGAACGAUAUUUGACCUAGAAAAGCAUCGGACAAAGAGGUCAGCGGUCUUUCACUCUGGAGUAAGAGUGUGUCCUCAGGAGACCAUCAAUGAGGUCAUCGCCAGCCAUCAAGCCUACUACAAGCUCAGAGUUUGUCAGGAGGCUGUGUGGGAGGCCUUCCGGAUCUUCUAUGACCGGAUCCCUGGACCUACAGAAUAUACAACUUGGGUUCACACAUGUCAACAUGAGUCUCUGUGCCUCUCUGACCUGGCCAGUAACUUCAGCAACUCAGAGGAGCACAUGAGUAUGGUGUACAGGAAGAUGAACCUGGGAGAUGAGAGGCAGUCGACUAGAAUGGUAGCAGCCACAACCACAGCAGCACCGGAGGUCGCUGAUAUAACAGGUCCAGAGGAGGCCCAGACUGCAACACCAGAACCACCUGCUCCUGUAACCAGCGUUGCCAGCGUCCCUGAUGCUCCUGAGGUUACAGUUGAAGAAGAAACUGCGGAGGAGGAGGACUCUGAGCUGCCCAAUGUUGUCCCAGAGCAGCCUGUGGAGGAGAUAGUGGAGUUCAGCAUUGACCUCGUGGACCCAGGCUACAAGGAACUACUGGACGACCCUGACUCCCCCCAAUAUGUUGACCUCUCUCAUCACCUGCAAGACCAGAUGCUCCAUGUUUUUGACAAACUCCCAGGAUUUAAAGAUAUCAAUGUUUUGGGAAUCAGCGAGACCCAGGAGAGUGACGGACCUGGAGCAGUGACAGUGCACUAUUCCCUGGUCUUUGAGACAAUUUCAACAGAAGUUUCAGAGGAUGACACAGGGACUCCAGUGUCAGCUGUGCCCAGCCUGUGGGUAAGGGUGGCCAAGUCUUUGAGUGAACAGGCCUCUCUGCCAGUGGAUCUACAGUCAUUAAACUUUGAACCAGUAAAAGUGAUUCCAUUAACUACAAGACGUAUUGAGGAAGCUGUUGAGGAAGUGAUUGAAUAUUCCAGUGCGCCAUCAAUCCACAAUGACCUGGAAAUAGCCAUAGAUGAGCCAGAGAUUGCUGGGGAGAAGCCUCGUCUGGAUGUUCCACUCGGCCCUGUGGAAAAGAAAAAUGCUCUCGUCACCCUCCUGGACUCUACAGAUGACGAAGAAGAAGAAGUAGAAGAAGAAAAAGCCCAACCAGAGAGGGGUGAUGUGCCUUACAUCUACGAAGACGUUGAUGAGAAUAAGUUUAAAGCAACAGCUGAACCAGAGGAAGAGGUGCCAUUUAUCACACACAUGAUUGAAACCAUCUAUGCCAUUGAUGAGGGAACUGGUGAGCUUGUGAGAGACUAUUUCCCAACCCCUCCUGCUGAGGACUCUGCUGCUGAGCCCAGCGUUCCAGAGGAAUACCCUGAGCCACCUUUUGGCAAUUUAGUCCCUACUAAUGGGUACCUUGUCUUACCCCCUGAGGGUUUGGAUAUUACCUCCGUUCCUGAAAUAGAAAGUAUAGAAACUGAUGCUCCAGCUGAACUCCCUCCUAACUUGAUAUCAGAGGAGAAGGCUGUUGUUGAGGAAGAGGCAGAGCCUACUCCAACCCCUCAGAUUCUGCUCCCCACAGCCACUGAAGAGCUGUCUGACCCUGGAUUACCUGUAACGACUCUCUCAGCCAUCACAGAUCAGCCUACUACUGAAGCAAUAGAGGACCUUGAAGUUGAUGAGGAACCAGAACCUGAGGAAGAGGUAGUUGAGCAAUCGGGACCUGAGGAAGAGGUAGUUGAGCUAUCGGGACCUGAGGAAGAGGUAGUUGAGCAAUCGGGACCUGAGGAAGAGGUAGUUGAGGUCUCGGGACCUGAGGAAGAGGUAGUUGAGGUCUCGGAACCUCAGGAAGGGGUAGUUGAGGUCUCGGAACCUGAGGAAGGGGUAGUUGAGGUCUCGGAACCUGAGGAAGGGGUAGUUGAGGUCUCGGAACCUGAGGAAGGGGUAGUUGAGGUCUCGGAACCUCAGGAAGGGGUAGUUGAGGUCUCGGAACCUCAGGAAGGGGUAGUUGAGAUCUCGGAACCUCAGGAAGGGGUAGUUGAUGUACCAGAACCUGAAGAAGAGGUAGUUGAGGAACCAGAACCUGAGGAAGAUGUUAAUGAACCACCAGCAGAAGAAAUUAAAAUCAUCCAACCUCUGGAUUCUGCAGAGGACACUCUCUUUGGAGAGGAAAUGUAUCCUGUUGAAGAGGACAAUAUUGUGCCAAUAGAAGACCCGUCACCUGAGGAGGACAUGGAGGAACAAUUGCCUGAAUACCCCGGAUAUGAGGACAUCUACCCUGACGAAGCUGUUGAUACUGUGGACCAAUCAGAUCAUUCACCAGAGGUCAGUGAAGUGGAAUUGGCUCCAUUGUCAGGGGACAGGGAAGUGGAGAUAGCAGUGACAGCAGAACCCAUCCCAGACUCUUCACCAACACCACCUGCAGAAUCUGACACUGUGCCUGAGGUAGAUGAAACAGAGUCAGCUUCAGAGUUACAGCCUAUGGAGGAGGAUGCCGAGGAGCCCGAGGUGGUUGUUAUCGAUGAAGAGGAGGCUGAAGAGGAGGUCAUAGAUGUCUCGGAACCUGAGGAUGAGAUCGUGCAAGACCUUGCAGACGAAUUUGACCAAAUGGACCUGGUGAGCACAGAAGCCAUUGAUCUUCCAGAUGCCAGUGGAUACCCAUUGGCUCCCGAGGAGCACCCCUUCGAGACCACAGCGUCUCCACCACUGAGAUACCUGACCACGCCCUCCAUGACCACGGCCAGUAAAGGAAGGGAGCUGGUAGUGUUCUUCAGUCUACGGGUGACCAACAUGAGGUUCUCAGAUGACCUCUUCAACAAGAGCUCUUCAGAAUACAGAUCCCUGGAGAACACCUUUGUGGAGCUGCUGCUGCCUUACCUGCAGUCCAAUCUAACGGGAUUCAAGAAGCUGGAGAUUCUCAACUUCAGGAACGGCAGCGUUGUUGUCAACAGCAAGAUGAAGUUCUCCAAGUCAGUUCCAUACAACGUGACCCAGGCCGUCCACUGUGUCCUAGAAGACUUCUGCAAUGCUGCUGCCAUAAGCCUCAACAUUGAGAUUGACAGUCACUCUCUGGACAUAGAGCCGGCGGAUCAAGCAGAUCCCUGUAAGUUCUUGGCAUGCAACGACUUCUCUCGCUGUGUGGUGAACCGCUGGUCUCGGGAGGCCGAGUGUCUGUGUGACCCGGGCUACAUUACAUUGGACGGUUUGCCCUGUCAGAGUAUCUGUGUCUUGCAGCCUGACUACUGCCAAAACGGGGGUCAGUGUGAGAUAGUGCCUGGGCAUGGAGCCACUUGCAGAUGUCCUGUAGGUAAUGUCUGGCACUUUAACGGGGAGCGCUGCACUGAGCUGGUGGCCGUGCCAGUAGACCCCUUCCUUUUCAUAAGCUGCUUUGUGGGCUUCCUGUUCUUUGUUUAUGCCGUGAUAGCUCUCAUGAUAUUCAUGUACACACAAUGUAGACGGACCAGAGAGACAGUGACUUUGGCGUAA